GAGUAACUCAAGAUGAUUUUGAUGUUGCAGUUUUAAAUUUCACUUUGACUUGAGCUGGGAAAUCCUUUGGCCUAUUAUACCGUGGAUGCUAAAAAUGAUAAGAGCUGCAUGUUCUGCCUUGAUGUUUUCAAGACUGAAUUUGGAGGGAGAAAAAUUAUUUUGCCUAAGGAUGUCCGUGAAAGUAUCAGGAAAACACUGAAAAGCCGGAGAGAAGGGUUCAAUUGUAGCAUGCUCCCUUUAAGAGGGAAACGAGAUUAGCAACUUUGGCAAAUUUUUGGGACUCUAUUCAGAGGGAAAGAGAAGAGCUGCCAGUGUCAAAAAAAAAGAAAAAAAAAGGAUGAAUGUUAUGAGACAAAGGCAGAGGCAAUUUUACACCUUUCUGAAAGCUUACCUGGGAGUAGUUUUAGCUCCACUGAGGUUAAGAAAGAUGCAUUUUUUUUUUUUCUUUUCUUUCAAGACUAAAGGUGGAGUUAGGGGGAAAUGAGUUUAAUGUGAAGUAGUACCCCUGUCAGUUCUGUUUGUCCUGGGAAGUAUACAAGGAAGAAAAGCCUCCGUGGAAGAGAGAGCAAGCACCAGGUGCUGAAGGUUCUAACUGAAAACCCAAACUAAGAAAUAGCAACAAGUCUAGAAUUCUUACUACUACAAAACUCACCUGGAUCCCUAAGGGCACAGCAAAGAAUGAGCUAUUACGGCAGCAGCUAUCAUAUUGUCAAUGUGGACGCAAAAUAUCCAGGCUACCCGCCAGAGCACAUUAUAGCUGAGAAGAGAAGAGCAAGAAGACGAUUACUUCACAAAGAUGGCAGCUGUAAUGUCUACUUCAAGCACAUUUUUGGAGAAUGGGGAAGCUAUGUGGUUGACAUCUUCACCACUCUUGUGGACACCAAGUGGCGCCAUAUGUUUGUGAUAUUUUCUUUAUCUUAUAUUCUCUCGUGGUUGAUAUUUGGCUCUGUUUUCUGGCUCAUAGCCUUUCAUCAUGGCGAUCUAUUAAAUGAUCCAGACAUCACACCUUGUGUUGACAACGUCCAUUCUUUCACAGGGGCCUUUUUGUUCUCCCUGGAGACCCAAACCACCAUAGGAUAUGGUUAUCGCUGUGUUACUGAAGAAUGUUCUGUGGCCGUGCUCAUGGUGAUCCUCCAGUCCAUCUUAAGUUGCAUCAUAAAUACCUUUAUCAUUGGAGCUGCCUUGGCCAAAAUGGCAACUGCUCGAAAGAGAGCCCAAACCAUUCGUUUCAGCUACUUUGCACUUAUAGGUAUGAGAGAUGGGAAGCUUUGCCUCAUGUGGCGCAUUGGUGAUUUUCGGCCAAACCAUGUGGUAGAAGGAACAGUUAGAGCCCAACUUCUACGCUACACAGAAGACAGUGAAGGGAGGAUGACGAUGGCAUUUAAAGACCUCAAAUUAGUCAACGACCAAAUCAUCCUGGUCACCCCGGUAACUAUUGUCCAUGAAAUUGACCAUGAGAGCCCUCUGUAUGCCCUUGACCGCAAAGCAGUAGCCAAAGAUAACUUUGAGAUUUUGGUGACAUUUAUCUAUACUGGUGAUUCCACUGGAACAUCUCACCAAUCUAGAAGCUCCUAUGUUCCCCGAGAAAUUCUCUGGGGCCAUAGGUUUAAUGAUGUCUUGGAAGUUAAGAGGAAGUAUUACAAAGUGAACUGCUUACAGUUUGAAGGAAGUGUGGAAGUAUAUGCCCCCUUUUGCAGUGCCAAGCAAUUGGACUGGAAAGACCAGCAGCUCCACAUAGAAAAAGCACCACCAGUUCGAGAAUCCUGCACGUCGGACACCAAGGCGAGACGAAGGUCAUUUAGUGCAGUUGCCAUUGUCAGCAGCUGUGAAAACCCUGAGGAGACCACCACUUCUGCCACACAUGAAUACAGGGAAACACCUUAUCAGAAAGCUCUCCUGACUUUAAACAGAAUCUCUGUAGAAUCCCAAAUGUAGUCCUAAAUUGCAAUUAUGAGGGCUACCACUGAAUCAUUUUAUCUUUCAGCCAAUCAAGUCGUUGUAAACGUGGCUUUUUUGAAAGUGUUAUGGCUAUGUUUUAUGAUGAUGCUGGGUAAGUAGAGUAAGUUAAACUUGGUAAAAGAUAAUCUAAAAAUUCCAUAGUUCUCAGUUAUUAAAAUUUUUCUUGUUCGCCAAUUUUGUAUUAAGAAUGCUAUUAAGCCUAAUUGAUUAAAAUUUAUCUUUUUUAUUAUCUUACAUGCUUGUAUCUUCAGUUGGAGGUGUAGUAUUCAAAAAUGGGGAAUGAAGGCAGGAAGGAGGCUGGAAUAAAUAAAAAUAAAAAUAGACAAGACAGCAUAAAUAAUACAUUUUUAAAUAUGUCAACAUUGAUAAUACAAUGAAGAUUUACCAUAAAAAGUAUCAUAUCUAACCAAGAUAUGCAAAAGAUGCAUUCAGUAAGCUGUAACGUUGAGAAAUAUAACUGUGAAAUCAGCUCACCAGUUCAAGUCACUAGGUUCGCCACUUGGACUGUCUUGGUUUCAGCGAGCAUAGCGAGUGGCUGUAAGAAA